AUGAUUCUCACAGGAGAGAAACCCCAUCUGUGCUCUGAGUGUGACAAAAGCUUUACAUAUAAAUCCCAGCUUCUCAGACAUCAGAUAAUUCACACAGGAGAGAGACCAUUUACAUGUUCUGAGAGCAGCAAAUGUUUUACCCAUAAGUCAUAUCUUGUUAUACAUCAGAGAAAUCUUGUUAUACAUCAGAGGAGUCACACAGGAGAGAAACCACUUAUAUGUUCUGAAUGCAGCAAGCGCUUUACCCAUAAGUCAUACCUUGUUAUACAUCAAAGGAUGCAUAUGGAAGAGAAACCAUUUAUGUGUUCUGAAUGCAGCAAAUGUUUUACUGAUCAAUCCUGUCUUGUUUUACAUCAGAAGAUUCACACAGGAGAUUAA